AUGGCCUCCUGUGAAGAUUCUGAGAUGAGGAUUGUGCUGUUGGGUAAGACUGGAUCAGGAAAAAGCGCAACAGGAAACACCAUCCUUAAUAAAAAUAAAUUUGAUGUGAACUCUACCUUUCAGCAUGUAACCAAGGAAAGUAAGAGAGGUUACAGGCUUGUUAAUAGAAGAAUGGUUUCGGUGAUUGAUACUCCGGGACUGUUUGAUGGAGAAACGACUAAAGAUGAACUGAAAGCUCAGAUAGAAGAAGCCAUUGAUCUGGCACAUCCUGGAGUUCAUGUGUUUCUGCUGGUGAUGAGGCUGGAUGUGAAAUUCACAGAGGAGGAACAGAAAACUGUGAAGUGGGUUCUGGAGAACUUUGGAGAAAAGAUCCAAAAACACAUCAUUGUGUUGUUCACUCAUGGAAACGUGUUACAGGAUAAAACUAUAGAACAACACCUGGGUUCAAACACAGAACUGAAAGGUGUAGUGAAGAGUAUGGCUGGUUAUCAUGUGUUUGAGAAUGAAAAUGAGGAUGAUGAGACUCAAGUUCCAGAGCUGCUGAAGAAGAUUGAUGAGGUAGUAGAAAAUAAUACAAAUCAGACUUACACCAGGAAAAUGUACAAUGAGAGUCAAAGAGUGUGUAUUUUAGCUUAG